UGCGUCCCACGCCAUGUUAUACCCUCCACCGCACUCACUUUUACUCCACAAAAAGCUCUUCAAAAUCCAUAGAUUUCAUCGAAAUCCCUUCACCCCCAUUUUCAAGUAACUCAAGCUUAUUCAUCUCCUUUCACUAGCUUGAAUUGGGUCCUUAGUUGAUUCAAGAAAAUAAUCAGAUCUAGCUUCUUUAAGCCAGUAGGGCUUUGGGGAGAUCUUGUGUUGGGAGCUAUACGUUUGUAUUGGUAAUUUGUCGAGAAGGGUGAAAAGAUGAGUAUGUACGGGAGGGAUCCGUGGGGAGGGCCGCUCGAGAUCAAUGCGGCGGACUCCGCCACCGAUGAUGACCGGAGUAGGAAUUUACAGGACUACGACAGGGCUGCGCUGUCACGGCCGUUGGACGAGACGCAGCAAAGCUGGCUGCUCGGCCCUGGGGAGCAGAAGAAGAAGAAAUAUGUAGAUCUGGGGUGUAUUAUUGUGAGCAGAAAGAUCUUUGUUUGGACUGUGGGUACAAUCCUGGCUGCAGGACUCUUGGCUGGGUUUAUUACUUUGAUCGUCAAGACUGUGCCCCGACACCGCCAUCACCCGCCACCCCCGGAUAAUUACACUGUGGCACUUCACAAGGCGCUCAUGUUCUUCAAUGCCCAGCGCUCUGGAAAGCUUCCCAAGCACAAUAAUGUCUCGUGGAGGGGAAACUCUUGUUUAAAUGACGGGAAGUCUGAUAGUGGAAGUAUAUUCAAGAAUCUAGUUGGUGGCUAUUACGAUGCUGGAGAUGCGAUCAAGUUCAAUUUCCCUCAAUCUUUUGCCAUGACUAUGCUGAGUUGGAGUGUGAUAGAAUACAGUGCAAAGUAUGAAGCUGCUGGGGAGCUUAACCAUGUUAAAGAUAUUAUCAAGUGGGGGACGGAUUACUUCCUCAAGACUUUCAACUCCACAGCGGAUUCCAUAGAUCAGCUAGUUAUGCAGGUUGGAAAGGGUGGUACUUCGGACGAUUCAGAUCCCAAUGAUCACAACUGUUGGAUGCGCCCUGAAGACAUUGAUUAUGAUAGGCCAGUUGCUAUAUGUAGUACUUGCUCGGAUCUUGCUGCAGAGAUGGCUGCUGCAUUGGCUUCAGCAUCCAUUGUUUUCAAGGAUAAUAAGGCCUACUCACAAAAGCUUGUCCAUGGCGCCAAAACCCUAUUUAAAUUCUCCAGGGACCAGCGUGGUAGAUACAGUACUGAUAAUGAAGCUUCAAUUUUCUACAACUCCACCGGCUACUGGGAUGAGUUUGUUUGGGGUGCAUCUUGGCUAUACUACGCUACGGGAAAUUCUUCCUACCUUCAGCUGGCUACGACUCCUGGUAUCGCUAAGCAUGCCGGUGCUUUUUGGGGAGGCCCAUAUUAUGGUGUAUUAAGUUGGGACAAUAAACUUGCUGGAGCUCAAGUGCUUCUGAGCCGAUUGAGAUUGUUCUUGAAUCCUGGCUAUCCUUAUGAGGAAAUUUUGAGUACAUUUCACAACCAGACAGGCAUAUUUUUGUGCUCCUUCCUGCCGGAUUUUACCACGUUUAAUAGAACUAAAGGAGGCAUGAUCCAGUUAAACCAUGGAUCACCUCAACCUCUUCAGUAUGUAGUCAAUGCAGCAUUCUUGGCUACGGUGUUUAGUGACUAUCUUGAUGCUGCUGAUACACCUGGGUGGUACUGUGGACCCCAUUUCUACCAAACUAGCGUUCUUCGAAAAUUUGCUCAGACCCAGAUAAACUACAUCCUUGGCAAAAAUCCUAGAAAGAUGAGUUACGUUGUGGGCUUUGGAAAUCUCUAUCCAAAGCGCGUCCACCAUAGAGGUGCAUCCAUACCCAAGAACAAGGUCAAAUACAACUGCAAGGGAGGAUGGAAAUGGAGGGAUUCGAAAAAGCCAAACCCUAAUACAAUUGUUGGUGCCAUGGUUGCUGGCCCUGACAGACACGAUGGAUUCCACGAUGUUCGUACAAACUACAACUAUACGGAGCCAACCCUUGCUGGAAAUGCUGGUCUAGUUGCAGCACUUAUCGCCCUAUCUGGAGAGGGGACUACAAAAAUUGACAAAAACACGAUAUUCUCUGCAGUACCACCAAUGUUCCCAACACCCCCACCGCCACCAGCUCCGUGGAAACCAUGAGUCGCAAUAAUGGAAUUGGUCUUUUUGCUUUUGCUGUUCGACUCUCGGUGAACUGAAUAUUGAUGUUGCAGUUAAUUUCUAAAGCAUCCUGAAAGCCAAAGGAGUAUAGAAACUAGGAGCUUUAAGACAGCUGCUGAGUGGACCGGAAAGUUGGUAUAACUUGAGGAAUUACCCUUUUCUGUUCAAAAGUUUGUGAUAUACUGUGUGUAUGUAUGUAUUAUACCAGCUAUAUAUUCUUUCGAAAACAAGAACUUGAACAUUAAGGAUCGAGAUGUUUUUAGAAUAAAUUCAAAUGAUGAUGUCUAAUAUGUACUCCUGUGUGCAACACAUUUCUCUUUAGCAAUGCUCGUGUUCGUAGUUUCUUGUA